GUGCUCAUGACUUAAUUUUGGUGUCGGUCCAGACAAGCAGAGCAAGCAGCAACAGCAGCAGCAGCAGUAAGCACAAACUCCGUUGUUAAAAACUUUUUUGAAGGAACCCGCUGCUUAGUUUCUUUUCACUUUUUUCUUUGUAAAAAAAACCGUAAUUCACACCAUGGCUGACAAGACCCAACAACCAGAGGUUCCCACCACCAUUGCCGACUCGAACGUCAUGUCCAAGUACAAGGACGCCGCCACUCUUGCUAACGGUGCUCUUGACAAGGUCAUUGCUCUUUGCGUUGACGGUGCCAAGAUUAUGGAUAUCUGCAUUGCUGGUGAUAAUGCUAUUGUCGAGGCCACCAAGGGCGUCUACACUAAGAAGAAGUUCUCCAAGGGUAUUGGUUUCCCCACCACCAUCUCGGUCAACAACUGCGUUGCCCACUUCUCGCCUCUCCCCAGUGAUCCUGAGGCUAGCACCGUUUUGAAGGAUGGUGACGUUGCCAAGAUUCAACUUGGUGUCCAGAUCGAUGGCUUCUGCUCGACCGUCGCUCACACGCUCGUUGUUGGCGCUUCCGCCGAAAAGCCCGUGACUGGUGAGAAAGCCGAUGUCAUUCAAGCUGCUCACACUGCCUUGGAAGCUGCUUGCCGCUUGAUCCGCCCUGGCAGCAAGAACAUGGAAGUCACCAAGGUCGUUGACGAGAUCUCCAACACAUUCAACACCAAGCCUGUAGAGGGUAUGUUGACCCACCAGCAGCUCAAGGACAAGACCGAUGGCAAGAAGCAGAUCAUCUUGAACCCUACCGAGGCACACAUGCGCGACUUUGAGCGCUGCACGUUCGAGGAGAACGAAGUCUACGCCGUCGACAUUUUGAUCUCGAGCGGUGAAGGCAAGGUCCGCCAACUCAAUGCCCGUACCACCGUCUACAAGAAGACCGACAGCCGCUACCAGCUCAAGAUGAACACCUCGCGCCAGGUCUUGCACGAAAUCAAGAACACUGCCGGCCAGUUCCCCUUCUCCCUCCGCCAGCUUUCGGACGAGCGCAAGUCGCGCAUGGGCAUCGUCGAGUGCGCCAAGCACCAGUGCGUCAUUCCCUACGAUGUUGUCUACGAGCGUGAGGGUGCCGUUGUUGCCCAGUUCUUGACCACCCUUUUGGUUACCAAGAACGGCAACGUCAUGGCAACCGACCCCAAGUUCAACCCUGCUGUGAUCAAGUCGGACAAGGCCAUCAAGGACGAGGAAAUCUUGAAGCUCUUGGCCACUCCCUUGAAGGAGCCCUCUGCCAACAAGAAGAAGGCUGAGAAGAAGUAAAAAAGAAAAAAAAGACCCGUUUGUUUAUAUCGUUGUUUCACGUAGACCCACUACCCUUUCUCCAUCUCUCUCUCUCUCUCUCUCUCGCAAAAAAUCGCAUUUGUAUGUUUGUAUCAUCAACAUUAGCAGCAUCAUCCAAAAAUAACAAUAAAAAACAUAGUCCAGCCAAGCCAGUGGGUUGCCGUCAAAUCGUGAUUGGCCUGGCGGUGUAACAUACGUGU